AUGCCCAGCGACUUGAUGGAGCUCUCCCGCGAGGAGCUUAUUAGCUAUGUUCUGGACCUUCAGUCGGAGAACAACGCGCUGAGCCGGCAGCUGCGCAGCAUGGCGACCAAGCGCUGCAGCGGGUCCUCACCGAACCAAGUCCUUCCCAGUGGUAGCGGCGGCGUCGGCGCGGUGCACAGCGACCCUUCCAUGCUUAUCACAGCCAGCCCAACCGCUAUGCGGCGCAACGGCAGCCUCUCCAUCGUCUCUGAAGGCCCCCUAUCAGCGGCGGAGCGGCUGAGUGGUCGUGUGGGUGGGCUGCCGCCGGCGCCGAGCUUCGAGAUAUCCAUGUCAGUAAUCGUCAUCGAGAACGGCGCCGCGCUUUCGGUGCCGCUCUCCUCAGUGCUCGACAAGACGUACGGUCGCCAAGACCUGCGCGACGCUGACACGCCGGUGGUCUCGUCGAAGUACUUGCGGGACACCAGCUCGUUUCGGACGCAGCGCUUUUCCCUCGGCAGCCCCGGCGCCACCGGCUGCGCUGGGACAGAUGCGUCCCCUAGCCUGAACAUAGACGAGGAAUGCUUCAGCAGCGUUAGUCCAGGGCGGCUAAGCUGUGCGCUUGGACGCGGUAGCGUGCUUAUGCAUGGGAGCGGUGCCAAAGCAGGUAACGGUGGUGAGGAGGUUGACGAUGAGCCGCACCCGAAGGACCCUCGCGCUGGCUCAGCCGGCGUCGCCGCCUCCAGCCUCGCGCAGCGCGCUGGCGUGGCGCACUUAAACCUUCGCCGCGAUCUCCUCUUUGCACGCGACCUUUCACUGGACGCGGACGCCAUCCUCACCCAUCAGACGCUGCGGCUCUUCAACCAGCAGUUCGCGCGGGACGCAAACAUGCUGUCGCCCAUGUCCUCGUACGGCAAUGCGGUGUACCACUACAUCGUCAAGACUUUUGCGGUCCGCAACGGCUGCGAGCAUUCGCCGGAUGACGUGGAGGGUUUUGGCCGAACGCUCAUUAACCUGUGCGAGGAGGCGAAGUGCAUACUGAUGAAUGAGCCACGGCACGGGUCCGUCGCGUCGCCGUGCUACGUCUUUGGCGACUUGCACGGCAACUUCCGCGACCUUUUCUACUUCAUGGACAACCUUAUUAGCUUCCAGGAUCUGCGCUACACCCCGCACCGCUUCGUUUUCCUCGGCGACUACGUUGACCGUGGCGAGUUCAGCGUCGAAGUUGUCGCCUACCUACUCUCAAUGAAAGUGCUUGCCCCGCACAAGGUGCUGCUGUUGCGCGGCAACCACGAAGACACCCUCGUGAGCGGCGACAUAUCCGGCUACGGCAAUACGAGCUUCCGUGCCCAAUGCCACAGCACCUUUGGCGCCGCCCUCGGUGAGGAACUGUGGCACCGCGCAAGUGAGGCCUUUGCCCAUCUGCCGCUGACGGCCAACAUUGACAAGAAGAUCUACUGCACUCACGGUGGCAUCCCGCGCUACAGCGGUGGCGUCGACGACCGGCUCGACAUUUUGAAGAGCGCUGACUUCCCGAUGAUGGAGUCGUUCUUCCAGGCUCCAGAGAACGAGACGCCGCAGCACCGCAUGUACCGCCAAAUAGGGAUGGAUACGUGCUGGGCCGACCCGGCCGAGAACGAGAGUGAGCUCGAUAUGUUCGGCUUUGGCUCCAACCCGCGCGGCACUGGUGUCAUCCUGUUCGGCUCCAAGGCGGUGGACGACUUCCUCGACCACUUCCACUUUGAGUACAUCUUUCGGGCGCAUCAGGAGAAGUCCGAUGGACUGAAGCUGAGCAAGAGCGCUCGCGUCUUCACCAUCUUCAGCACGAGCGCCUACGUGGGCCACCAGAAUGGCGCCGGUGUGGUGCUCGUCGCCGAGGGGAAGAUUCGCCUGAUUGUGAAGACGGCAGACACGUAUGAAGAAGAAGACUACGUAACGGAAGAGGGAGAUGGCCAUCGGCGCUAA